UGUUAGACGCCGGCCAACAACUUGGAUUAAAUUUUGUUACAUUUAUUGUUGUUGUUUCGUUUGCUUGUAUGUAUGUAUGUGUGCUACACACACGUAACACAAUGAUGCUGCGCAGCACGUGUGCAACAAGAGGCAAACAACUGACGCGCAUUUGCGUCAAUCGCUACACCAGCAGCAGCAGCGGCGGCGGCCAGGCUGAGCAAAAACAGCAGCCACUGACUCCACGUGCCAGUGCCUUAACCGAUGAGAUUAUACGCGUGGAUCAUGCUGGUGAACUGGGCGCAGAUCGCAUCUAUGCUGGCCAAAUGGCCAUUCUGGGCAACGGUCCCAUGGGCAAGACCAUUGAGCAUAUGUGGGAGCAGGAGAAAUGUCAUCGCAAGCAGUUUGAGACCUUAAUACAGCAACAUCGUGUGCGACCCACCGUAAUGACGCCCAUUUGGAAUGUGGCUGGCUUUGUUCUGGGCGCAGGCACUGCUCUAAUGGGUGAAAAGGCAGCAAUGGCCUGCACUGUGGCCGUCGAGACAGUCAUUGUGGAGCACUAUAACGAUCAGCUGCGUCAGAUAAUGGAUUCCCCCAAUCCAGACAAGGAGCUGUUGGCUACAAUUACCAAGUUUCGCGAUGAGGAGCAGGAGCAUCAUGAUACGGGCAUUGAUUGCGGCGCUGAACAGGCGCCGUUCUACAAGGCCAUGACGGAGGUUAUCAAGUUUGGCUGUAAGACGGCCAUAGCUAUAUCCAAGAAGAUUUAAAAUCAAGCCAGCUCUUGGUGCAUGUGCGUGUGUGUGUGUAGCCUCUAAGCAUUAAAGAUACCGAAACUAUUUUAUUACAAAACGAAAC